AUGAAUUACAAAAAUUGCACUGGUGUAGACCUCAACAAAAAUUUUAACAUUCACUGGAAACCAACUGCUAAUUGCGAAACAUCUUCAGGACCUACACCAUUUUCAGAACCGGAAACCACUUUUAUUAAAAACGAAAUUCUUAAGAGCGAAGAUCGAAUAAAAAUCUACCUUUCUUUACAUUGUUGCGGUGCAAAAAUUUUGCAUCCUUGGGGAUAUACAAAAGAUUUACCGGAAAAUAUAAAUCCACUUUUAGAUGUGGCUCAAAAACUGCAAAAAGCCAUGAAUUCUGUUAGAAACACUCAAUAUGUCAUAGGAAGUCCAUCUGAAUGGGAUAAUAUUUAUGGAAGCAGUUUUGAUUGGGCAAAAAGCGUUGGAAAAAUUGAUCUAAGCUAUAUGAUAAAAUUAGCAGGUCCAAUCGAUAAUUAUAUUGUACCCGAAGAUCAAAUAAUUCCAUCUGCAAAAGAAGUUUUUGAAGGUUUAAAAGCAAUCCAUCGUCAUCUCGUACACAUGUAUGUUAAUAAUUAA